AUGGAACUAAUGGAAAUUACAUCAAUUCUUUUUAGAUGGCAUAUACCCGGUUCCACCAAUGGAAAAUCCAGGCAGUGCACCAUGGCCCAUUCCGGCCGAAUUACGCCGAUCCGAAUCGAAAAGUGGACGCUGCAACGCGUCUCAAUUCCAAAUUGCUCGUCCGUGAGCUCUUUGGAAGAAGAUUGCGGAUCAACUGAAUCUGAAGACAUGUCUAUCAGCCCAGACACGUCCUGCCGUUCGAGCGCGGACGCGGACAAGAGUUUCGAUCUCGACAAGGAUUUCCGCGAGAAACUGACCAAAUACGAAGAUAUAAUCGAAAAGAUCGAAAAUUUGCGGCUUGGACGUAACGACGAGGACAACAAAGAUGCCAAUGAGAACAAGACGCGCCACAUCAGCAGCGAAAACGUGAACAACCUGGAGUAUCGGAAUAGCUGCAAGUCAGGACGUCAUACCGAUAACGAGGACAUAAACAACAACGAGGAUAACGUCACGACUGAUGACAAUGAAGGUUGCCUGCCGCUUAACAUAUGCGACGACAAGAAACGAUGCUAUCCUUUGUACGAUGGGAAUUCCCUGGACGAUGAUUCGGAGUCCGAACAGGCGAAAGAGCAGGAGCAGGAGGACUCCGACGAUUCCGAUCUAAUUCAACGAGGACCAGUGAAAUCCAAUUUUCAAUCCCCUCGAGCAUUAUCAUAUCCUUACUCCAUGAUGACCUGGUUACAAACGACACGUGCAAACGACGGCACAGAUGCCGCCUACGCGGUAGACUACGACAAAACUGCCGAGCAAAUUUUAAGGAACAAGGAUUACAGCGAGAAACUGAAUCCUUGCUUAGACCAGUUAUCGGAUUCGAGUCGAAAUCAGACGUUGAUCGGAACGAUGAAUCUGGGGAUCGAACCCAGUUGGAUCGGAGAGAAUGACAAAAAUAUUUUCCGUAACAGAGACUCUAACAAUGAUACCGCGGCGCUUCCCUCCAUAGUUGUCGACGAUCCGGGAGAAGAGUCCUUGAUGGACAUCCUGUCGCAUGGCGGUUUUCAAGCCGCAUUGCUCUCAGACGCCGGCAGUCACUCGAUUCCCUCGCCAGGCGCGAAAACCUGGUCCGAUUCUCCAGCGAGUAGCUACAACUACGUCGUCUCGAGGUCGAACAGUCGGGCGUCGAGUCGCGCCCAAUCACCGGGUUCCGCAACGAACUUGGAGUCACCGCAGAUGCACGUCAACGUCAUCGGCAGCCCGCUCGGCUCACCGCAGGUUGCAUCGACAUAUCGUGUGCCACAAACGUUAUCCUCCUCAUCCUCGUCCAAUCAGUCCUACAGCGACGUGUCCAGCCCGAAUUAUCAGACAUCCCUUAAUUAUCAGACUGAGGAACAGCUUGGCGAAUCACUGUCCGGUUGGAAAGGUAUCUACGAGUCUUCGGGGACGAUCGUCAACAGCAGCGACACAAUCGACAGCGCGUUGCUUCAACUCGUGGAGCAAGUCAUAGAAGAGGACAAGCAAAAUAAAGCGUUGAAGGAGUCGCAGAUUGUCUCGAAUACCUCUUGCUUCUCGUCGGCCUACAACGACCGGUGCGUGUCCGUGCAAACGUUGGGGAAUGAUGUGAAUCUUGCAUCACGCGAGUGUCCUAGGAGCGGCAUGCGAAGCGAAAAACUGGAGGCUUGUUUGGGCAUACCCAACACGGACUCCAUCCAGGUUGGGGGUCUGCCCAUCGAUAGCGAUCUCGUAUCGGUUUACGCGAGCAAGGGGAGCACCGGAGGAUGUGCAUUCGUGAAUCGCGCGGUGAACGGCCACGCGACAAAUAUGGAGCCGAGGUAUUACGAACCGCACGCAAAGAACAACCAGGUCAACACGUCAGUUGUGUCGCAGCACGAUGCGAACACUCUGCACGAGCUCGGACUGACCGAUGAGACAUCCGUGAAGACAUCUGAACAGAACUUAAGGACAUCACAGGAGGAGUACACGAUGUUCCAUACCGCUAGUGGAGAAAAGAGAUAUGAUCAGCCACCGUCGGUGUUUGCACCCAGCGACUAUCAAAUACCAACAAUGGUCUCCUCAUUUGUAUCUAAUCCGCAGAGGAACUUGAAUCGAGGCAUAGUACCGUGGCCUUCGCUAAACUUACCGUCUGUAAGAGCGAGUGAGAGGCUGAAGGAAGGAUUGCAUCCUAAGGAAGUGGAAAGAGCCAUGAGUAAUCUGCUGAAAAAGUCCAUAGAGGAAUUAGCAGCCUCGGAUGAGGAUGGUGACACAGCGUUAAUGUGCCUGGUGGGCAAUCCAGAGGAAUUAACAAAGAAGAAAGCUUAUUUGGUGCCAUUGGUCGAGAGAUUGGGUAACCUGCCGAGCGCUCUAUCAAUGGUGAAUAAUCGCAACGAGGACGCUUUGUACUUGGCCGCUAUGAAUUGUCCGGAAAUGCCAUACGUCACCGGAUAUCUAGCUGCCGCAAUGAUACAGAAAGGGAUUGAUAUCAACCAAAGAUUAUAUCAUAUGCACGGCGACACACUGAUACAUUCAAUUGUAGCACGCGGCGAUUCUCACGGGGAGGUCUUGGCGGAAUUAUUAACGUUAAAGACGGUGCAAGGAAAUUCCGUGUUCGAUUUAUCGAGGUGUAAUUAUGAUGGUUAGUUAAAUAAGAAUGAGAUUGAGAUGUAUGAAAUUAUACA